AUGGCAAAGAAACCGAGCUUGGGUCGCCAGAAAAUCGCCAUUUCGAAAAUUCCCAAGAAAAACCAUCUCCAGGUGACCUUCUCGAAACGGCGAUCCGGGCUUUUCAAGAAAGCGAGCGAGCUCUGCACCCUCUGCGGGGUCGACAUCGGAAUCAUAGUCUUCUCUCCCGCCAGCAAGGUCUUCUCCUUUGGUCACCCGGAGGUCGAGUUCAUCAUCGACCGGUUCCUCGCCCAGGACCCGGCGCCCCCUGACUCGGGCGAGUGCCGGCUCAUUGAAGCCCACCGGAACGCGAACUUGCGUGACCUCAACGGGAUAUUGACUCAAGUUCUUGAGGAGCUGGAGGUGGAGAGGAAGCGCGGGGAGGCGCUGGAUGAGAUGAGGAGAGAGAGCCAGAGGCAAUGUUGGUGGGAGGCACCGAUCGAUGAACUUGGAUUGUGUGAGCUUGAGCAGUUGGGAGGGUCGAUGGAGGAGCUCAAGAAGAACGUGAUGAGAUGGAUCAACGAGUUGAUGGUGGACUCUUGCUCCCCAAACGGAGAAAUCGCCUACGAGAGCAAGCCUCUUGAAGCGAACGGUGCAUACAAUCUUGGGCACGUGUACAAUCUCCAUGACCAAAAUGGACUCUUUUGA